AUGGCAGGGCUGCAGCUAAAGGCAACACAGCAGCAGCAGCAGCAGCAGGAGCAGCAGCAGCAGCAGCAACUCAGACCCCUGCUGCUGCAGCACCAGCGCGAACAGCAGCAGCAGCAGGUGCCGCCCCUAGUGUUGCUUCAUCUCAAUCUGCUGCAUCUGCUGCUCCUGCAGCAGCAGCACCAGCAGCAGCAGCAGCAGCAGCUCCUCCUGGUGCGCCUGCUGCUGCAGCAGCAGCAGCAAGUAAUGCUGCUGCUGCUGCACGCUCUACCCAAGCAGGGGAUGGCAGGGCGGCAGCUAAAGGCAACACAGCAGCAGCAGCAGGAGCAGCAGCAGCAGCAGCAACUCAGACCCCUGCUGCCGCAGCACCUGCGCGAACAGCAGCAGCAGCAGGUUCCGCCCCUAGUGUUGCUUCGUCUCAGUCUGCUGCAUCUGCUGCUCCUGCAGCAGCAGCACCAGCAGCAGCAGCAGCAGCAGCUCCUCCUGGUGCAGCAACAGGACCAGCAGCAGCAGCAGCAGCAGCCGCAGCAGCACCGCGAGGAGCAUCAGGAGCCCCUGCUGCAGCAGGAAGAGCCGCAGCACAAACAGCAUCAGGAGCCCAAUCACCAACUGCAACAGCAGCAGCAGCAGCAGCAGCAGCAACAGCAGCAGCAGCAGCAGCAGCAGCAGCAGCAGAAGCGAAUCGAGCUGAUAUACUGCCAGCAGGGAGUGCAUCGACGGCAGCAGCUGCAGCAGGAAAUAUAUCAACUGCAGCAGCAGCAGCAGCAGCAGCAGCAGCAGCAGCAGGGAGUGCAUCGACGGCAGCAGCUGCAGCAGGAAAUAUAUCAACUGCAGCAGCAGCAGCAGCAGCAGCAGCAGCAGCAGCAAAGACAUGAAGAAGACAAGGACACGCCUUCUCCUCCUCCGCCGCCGCCGCAGCAGCAGCACCAGCAGCAGCACUCGCAGCCGCAGCAGCACCAGCAGCAGCAGCAGCGGCAGCAGCAGCAGCAGGAGAAGAAGCAGUUCUCGCUGCUGACGCAGCAAGACCUCUCUCUUGGCUUCGCGCUGCAGCUGAGUGCUUCACCGGCUGCAGCAGCAGCAGCAGCAGCAGCAGCAGCAGCAGCAGCAGAUGAUGAUGAUGAUGAUGAUCGCAGUAAACCACAUCUUCCUUGCUUGCUGCUGGAGGAGCUUUGCUGCUGCUUAGGAGCAGCAUACCCGCAUCUGCUGCAGCAGCAGCAGCAGCAGCAGCAGCAGCAGCAGCAGCAGCAGCAGGAGCAGAGAGUUCUCUUAGCGGGGGAUCUGCGUAGCCUGAUGCUUGCUGCACUCCAGCAGCAGCAGCACCAGCAGCAGCAGCAGGAGCAGAGAGUUCUCUUAGCGGGGGAUCUGCGUAGCCUGAUGCUUGCUGCACUGCAGCAUCAGCAGCAGCAACAGCAGCAGCUAGCAGAUGAAGCAGCAGCAGCAGCAGCAGCAGCAGCAGCAAAAGAAACAAACAGCACAGAGACUGCUGCUGCACUAAACCCUCUUCUCUCAUCACUAAUAGCGGGCCUUGCAAACAAUGCAUACAGCAGCAGAAACAGCAGCAGCAGCAGCAGCAGCAGCAGCAGCAGCAGCAGCAGCAGCGGAUACUGUGAUGCUGCUACCCUCGCUAGCCGCCCUGUUGUUACAGCUGAGGAAAUAGAAGAGAUGCAGCUGCGCCGCCAGCAGCAGCUGCAGCAGCAGCAGCAGCAGCAGCAGCAGCAGUUGCAGCUGCAGCAGCAGCAGCAGCAGCAGCAGCAGCUGCAGCUGCAUCUACCACCAGGCUUCACAAACCCACACAGGGGACCCGAAGCAGCAGCAGCAGCAGCAGCAGCAGCAGCAGACUUCCUCUUUGGUUCUUACCUCGAUGAAGACAAUAAACACAAUGGGCUGCAUGCAGGGAGCCGCGAGAACACACCAAUUGCUGCUGCUGCUGCUGCUGCUGCUGCUGCUGAUAGAGCGGAGCUUAGCUUCCCUAGCAGCGCAGCAGCAGCAGCAGCAGCAGCAGCAGCAGCAGCAGAUCCUUAUGCUGCAGCAGCAGACAGCAGAGCAGCUGAAGGGCCCAAGCCGCUGCAUGUUGCUGCUGGGGCUGUGGUGCUGCAUUCGGACCCGCAGCAAAGAGCAGCAGCAGCAGCAGCAGCAGCUGCUGCUGCUGCUGCUGCUUCACGGUCGCAGCUGCAGCUGCAGCACCAAUCGAUGCAGCUGCAGCACAGAAGACCAGCCGAAGACCCAGCAGCAGAUAUGCAGCAGCAGCAGCAAGACUGGGAACUCAAGGACGAGCUGAUAACAGCAAUAGCGAUGGUGCAGGAGCUGGCGACUCGUAUUCGUUUAUCUGAUCCUGCAGCAGCAGCAGCAGCAGCAGCAGCAGCAGCAGCAGCAGCAGCAGGAGGCAGCAGCUCUAUGAAUGACAGCGUUCUUGUGGGGGACCUGCUGCUGCGGGCGCAGCACUGUGUUUAUCGUUGGCGUCGUUUGCUGCUGAAACAGCAGCAGCAGCAGCAGCAGCAGCAGCAGCAUCAACAACCGUGGGAGCACCAGCAGCGGCAGCAACUGCAGCAGCAGCCGCACCAACAGCAGCAGCAGCAGCAGCAGCAGCAGCAGCAGCAGCUCGCGCUGCAGCAGCGAGAUAUUGCACGUGCUUGUCUUAGCAGCACAGCAUUGGCUAUUCACGAACAGCAGCAGCAGCAGCUGCAGCAGCAGCAGCAGCAGCAACUGCAGCAGCAGCAGCAGCAGCAGCAGCAACAGUGGGAGCAGCAGCACUACCACCGGUGGCCGAUGCCCAUAGAUCAGCGUCACCCGCCCCCGAGCGUCUGGCAGCAGCAGCAGCAGCAGCAGCAGCAGCAACAGCAGCAGCAGCAGCAGCAGCAGCAGCAUGCAGGUCUUAUCUGGGGGAGGGACGCCUGGCCGCCACCGCAGCCAUUGCCGCAGCAGCAGCAGCAGCAGCAGCAGCUUGCGCUGCAGCAGCAGCAGCAGCAGCCGCUGCAGCAAAAUCCAUCAGCAGCUUGGCAGCAGCAGCAGCAGCAGCAGCCGACGCCGACACCACAGCAGCAGCAGCAACAGCAGCAGCAGCAGCAGCAGCUUGCCCGGCAGCAGGUACAUCAAGACGAUUGGUCCUCUCCGGUGCUGCUGUAG